AAUCAUCGCGUAGUGUACCUACAACAGCUCGAAGACCAUGUCUAUGUGUAAUGCACCUCACAAAGAAGCUCCUCAAGGCCGUGAUCUCUUUGAACUUCAAUCCUUUGUACACCCGCCAGGACCCGAGAACAGUCGGUAAGCACAGAUACCUGAAUUUGCUCUCUACUGUGAGGAAUCAGAACGUCCCUCAAAUACUUUCCCCGAAAGCUCUGCGCGAUCCCAUACUCGCCGCCUUUUGCACCUUCGACAACGCUCCAACACAACGAUCAUGGCCGACCCCACGCCGGUUAAAAGCGAACCGUACAUCAAGCCAGACCCUGAUGCCGUGGCAUCCCCGUCUGCAACACCACUUGACGAUGACGACCUCUAUGAAGAUGCCGGCGAUCUAGAGUUCUAUGAUGCAAGCGGUGCUUCUGGCACGUUCAACCAGGCCUACCUAGCCAAAGUUCCUAAAGAGAUAUGGGACGCGUGGAGUAAUCUUCCUGAGGACGCGGAGAUCGAGGUUGGCACUAUGAGACAAUGGGACGUCAUCCGACCAGAUGGAGGAGUUGAUCAUCGCUUCAGGAUGCUCCUGAAUUCUGAAUUGGCAGGGCACCAGCUCAUGCCCAGGGAGUACGACUUGGAGAUGGGACCAGAGCUCACACGGGGAACCUUUGUUUUCUCCGAGGAGGACCUCCCCGGCUUCAAAGCGAAGUCAAAAGCGAGAAACGACGCGGCGAACAACGGAAUACCAGCACAUCUGCUACGACCAAAAGUUGACAGGCCUGCACGGAAGCCCUUUGACAGAAAGGCUCGCUAUCAGCCUUUCUAUCGGAAGGCCAUACCAAAAAAAACAAAGAUCAGGGCCCGUAUCCAGUACGAAAUGGGCUGCAAACCAGUAGAUAACGAAGAGAGCAGGGCAAUUCUGCAACUCAAACAGAUGGAGGCACACAAGCCAAAGCAUACACUGAAGAUCGUGGAUCAUUAUCAGAUCAGCGGGGUGAUUCAGCAGGGCUCAGCCGCUGCCCAGGCUAAAUUCGGCUCUUUCGUUAAAACUACGAAUCCGGUCAAGACGAGCAAACAGAAGAAGCCAGCCAACAAAGCAACUCGUAUGGACGAGACAGAAUUGCGAGAGGCUCUUCUCGAUGCUUUUACCAACAGAUUCCAGUACUGGAAAAUGUCUGUUCUUAAGGCAACUUUCAACCAGCCAGAAGCGUAUCUUCGUCAAGAACUAGAGAAAAUCGCAGUCAUGAAUAGGUCAGGGCCUCAUUCCAAUGAGUGGGAAAUCAAACCCGAGUUCAAACUCAUUCAAAACCAAGCACUGGACCAAAGUGCGCCGGACGCAGUGGCAGACGACGAUGACGAUAUGGACAUGGAGGACGUGGUGCUUACGUGAUAGGAGGUGAUGAUUCCUCUCAGUAUGCUCUUGACUGCGGCACCAGGGGUAGUAAAGGGUAUUUAAUAGACAGGAAUGAGGCCUUGGGAGGCAUGACACGUCCUGUAAUGAAUUCGGAUACUCGCGAGACCUUUCCA